AUGGCGUCCGCGAUAACCGCGCAAUGGCGCUCCUUCUGGCACACCAUGACCUCGAACGACCGACAUGCGGGUCCAGACUCGCCGUACCGAAGCAGCCAGCAUCAGCCGCUGUCCCAAUCGCGCUCCGGACCCAGCGCGUCGUCUGGCAACCUCAACGCCGCACUCGAUUCGCGCCAGGACCUUGAUCUGGAGUCCGGCGGGGGAUUCGUCAGUCAUGGAACUUCUGCGAACGGGACUUCGAGUCCAGGAUACCAGUCUCCGCACCGCCGCAGUCUACAAAGCAAUAGCGGCGGGAAGUCGGAGAUGCAAAGUAUCGGGGUUGGCGAAAUUCAAAUGCAGAGCUUCGACGACGGUCUACCUCCGCCGCCGCCUGUCCGACACUCAUGGAAACGUAUCGACCGCUGGCUAGAGGACAACUACGAAGAGGUGUGGGAGAAUCUGGGCGAGGCCGCUACGCACAACGACGUCAACGAGCUGGAACAUGAGCUGGACUGCACUUUACCCAUCGAGGUACGCGAGUCGUUGCAGAUCCACGACGGUCAGGAGCGCGGUGGGCAACCCACAGGAGUUAUUUUUGGGUGCAUGUUGCUGGACUGCGAGGAGAUCAUGCAGGAAUGGCAGCAGUGGCGAACCGUCAACGAGCAAUACCUGACCGAGUCGCGCACCUUUGAGAUCCCUCAGGCGCCACUGAAGGCAUUUGCUGGCUCUUCUUCUUCUGCCGUUCCCGUUGCACAGGCUCAACCCAACAGCAAUUCCAACCCGCAAUGGCGCGCCGAGCUGCUCGACAAGCAGGACUCACAACCUCCCAACGCCAUUCAAAAGGCAUACGCACAUCCAGCCUGGAUUCCUCUCGCACGCGAUUGGGGCGGCAACAACAUUGCUAUUGAUCUCGCACCUGGACCUGCUGGAAAGUGGGGUCAGGUCAUCCUCAUGGGCCGCGACUACGACUGCAAAUAUGUGAUCUCGCGGUCAUGGUCGGCUUUCCUCGCCACACUCGCCGACGACAUGAGCACAGACAAGUGGUGGAUCGACGAAGACACCAAGGAGUUGAAGCUACGCGAGUUCAAGCAGCCAGGCGUGGAACCCGCAUACAUUGACAUCCUCCGCUGGCGAGCUGACCAGAAGUAUGGUCGGCGGAAGCCGCAAAAGCGUCCUCUACGUGUCAACAGCAACGUCUCACCUGCACAGAAUGGAUUCUCUCCGUACGGAUCUCCCACCCGUGAAGAUCGAGGUCGAUCACCGCAUCGCUUCGCGAACGGCAAGGCGCCUGCUCAUCRCAACUCAAGUCCACGAGGCCUCGUUGGCAGUCCGCUGGCGCGUGUCACGGAGGAAGCCUCGCCUGUGCAACCGCUCUCGGUCGACACAUCAUACGAACUUUCGCGAACGACAAGUGAAAAGCUCAUUUCUGGAAUCGACACGCCUGCGUCUGCGUCUGCGUCGAAGGGUGAGAAGCUCGUUCCCGGAAUCGACACUCCAAAUCCAAACGACUAUGAGGACCGCAGAGAAAGCGGCUCGGGCUUGCCAAAGAGUCGGCUGGGAAACAAAGUUCUCAGCAGCAGCGAUGAGGAGGGCUCGCCCGUGAGGGAUGUAAAGGGAGGAGCUUCGGUUGACGACGAUGACAUGAAGGAGGUGAAGAUCUGA